UUAUCCCAGAAGAUGGUGCAGCAAUGGAGUGUAAUAAAUCAUCUAACAAGGGCUCACAGGUGCGAAUUACUUCUGAAACUGACGGGCAAGGGCUCACAGGUGCGAAUUACUUCUGAAACUGACGGGCAAGGGCUCACAGGUGUUUUAUACCUGUGCAGCAAAGGGAAGUUGCUGAUGUUUGAGUUGUAUGACUGUAUGAGGCUGAUGAGAUUAUUGCUGAUGUUUGAGUUGUAUGACUGUAUGAGGCUGAUGUGUUGGAGAUUAUUGCUGCUGCUUGUUGGCCACUUUUUGAAAAUAUUUGGAAACACUUCUUUUUUGAAAGAUUACCUAUGCUACUGUAAGGAGAUCGAGUUUUGGUUACUUGCCUCGAAGAGAGAUGAUUUUGAAGAUUUGAAGCAGCUUUAGUUCAGUGACAGUAUUAUCUGAUGACAAGUUUCAGAGUUGAGAUAAAGAACAGCACCGGAAAGCAAAUGCUCACCUGAGAUACCGAGAUAUGGGAACACUGAUCUUUUCUCUGCCAUAUCAUGAGUUAUGAUGUUAUAGCUUUCGCUUUACUCUUUAAAUAGUAGUGGAGGACUCUUUUGGGUCACAACAGUUGUUCUUUAUAAAAUCCCCUUCCUCCAUUAUCCAAUAUCAUACUUCAUACUGUAUUACUCUACUUAUUAGCAACAUUCCAUAGUAUCCCUUUCAUAAUUUUUGUCUCUUUUGUCCUCCUUUUGUACUCUGGUCACCAAUUUAUUUAAGUGUUUGUUAGUAACAAUUCAUUAAAUAAUUUGAGACUGACUAUUUCUUUUUUACUUUUUUUUGUAUUGUAAAAUUAAAUGUGUGACUGUUAAUUUCGGACAGAAGGAAUAUUGAGUGGAGAAGCUUGACUGUACUUAAACUAUCUAGAAUCAGUUUGCAGCUGUUGGGCAUUUUAAUCCUUUGAAAGCAAAUGAUGGCAAAGACAAAAUUCACCAAAAUAAAGACUGGCAUUGGCAUAUAAUGAAUUAGUUGUAUUUCAUAGUUAGUGAGUUAGUGGGGUUUCCUUUCCUUUUCCAAGCAUCUAUUAUCCACUACGCACAUACCCAAGUUUUUAGGUGUUGUAUAUAAAAAGCAUAAGUUUGCUAGGGUCCCCUUACUUUCGUCUGUCCAAUCAAAUGUCAUAUUUGAUACUGACUUUUCUGCUUCAUUAGCUUAAGAGAAAAGAUGGUCUUCCUCUUUCAAUGUAGGAAUGGCUGUUCUUAGUUCUGUUUCACCAUCUACCCUUAAUUCAUUAUUUUCAUCAUAAAAGGGAAAAAAAGAAGUGCUGUAGGUGGCUUUAAAAGAAGGCGGCAAUGGAUGUUGAUAACUCUGGUGUUCUUUUUCCUCAAACUAGCCUGGGGUUUAUAGAGUCCCUAACCAUGCCACAUUUUCAGGAGGUUGUUAUAUCAGCAGAUGUGAGAUGCACAGAUUGUCAGAAGAGGAUCUUGGACAUGAUUUCUCGCUUCGAUGAAACAGAAUCUGUGGUCGUGAGCUUGUCAGAUAAGAAGGUGAUUAUUACUUGCAAGUAUAUCAAAGGUUCAAGGAAGCAAAUAAUUACCCGUCAAAACAAUAUCUUUGGCAAGGUUUCUUUGUUUAAGCGAAUAUUUGGAUCAUCAAGGACUUGAAUUUUCUUGUCAAAUUCAACCAUGAAGAGAAAUUCCAUACAGCAAUGUAAGUACAGAGAUUGUAAUACAGUAGAGCAUCUGUAUAGUGAACACUCUCCUCUUUUUUUCACUUUUGUUGUUGAGAAUCUUAAUGUACAACAAAAUCUUCCUCUUUUUGGGAUGCAAAAGUUGAUCAAAUUAAGAUGCCACCUUUCAUUUUAAGCUGCAUUUUGUAUAGUACAAACCUCCCAUUAUCUUCAUUAGGUAAUAGUGUUACUGUAACUCAGAAAAUAGUUGGGAUCUAGGUUGAUGCAACAAUAUGGUUAAAUAAAAGCUCUGCAACUCAGAAAGUACCGCCAUAUACCAGGUUAGGUAAACAAGAUUCUUGAGAAUAAGCAAACUCAAAAGUUUAUUUUACUUGUUGUACAGACUACAGAAGAAGGCUAAGUUUAAGAAAGAAGAAACAUCAAGGUUAGAUAGAUACAUGAUAAACUUUGAAGCCAAGAAAGAAAUACUUUAGCCCAUCAACAAAGAUAUUCUGAUUACUAAUGAAUACUCAAAAAUAGCUAAUCCAUAUAAAUAUGGAGCACAUAAUUCCAUGUUAAUGUCUCUGAAACAUAAGCAGAAUCAGAUUCCAAAUGAAACCCCAAAAAUUAAAACAGAAUUUCUUGAGUAAAUUCUUAAAUUUCUCAUGCUCCAACCCUAAAAAUAAAACAAAAGUUGCAGGGGUGGUUUCUCCAGUCAUUUGGUCCAACCCCCAUGAAAUGUCAAUGUCAACAAAGUAUUGUUGCAUGUUAAUGAGACUCUCAAUUGACUGCAAAGGGUGUUACAAAAAAUUAAGAAGAACUCUUCUCAAUAUGAAAGAGGUGGAAACACAUGUGAUAGAAAGGCAGUAUAAUAGAGUAAGCGUGUGCGGGAGAUUCAGGCCAUCUGAUGUGGCCAUUAAAAUCAGAAGAAGGAUGAAUCGGAGGGUGGAGAUUUUGGAAAUACAAGAGUUUGAUGAUGGAAAUCCCCAACAACAACAACAACAACAACAACAACAACAGCCCCUUGAUAAUCAGCCACAUUUGGAAAAUGGUCAUGCUCAUGUUGCUUGAUGUAUAUUCCCUAUGAUUUUCUUUUUCUUUGUGAAACCCUUGAAAGAUUGUAAGUGUCAAGUUAUAAAUCAUACAACUAUUUUAUAGUUUUUUUUUAUUAUUAAUUGCGGAGUACAAAUUAAUCUAAGCGUAAAACUAUUCAAUAAUAUUAAAACAUUAUUUCUAAAA